AGUUCACUUUCCAACAUGCAACCUGCAAGACGCUGCGCCGUCGGAUAGGCUACUUGUGCCUCUGACACGCUCACGCGCACACGCACACACUCAGAGGGAGAGAGGGAGACAGAAGGAGAGGAGAGAUGGAGGAGUUCCAGUAGCGGAGCGGCCCAGCCCUGCCAAUACCGGGAGACCAGAGGUGCAAAUCGGAUUUCACACACUUGUGAUUUGAUGUGAGACUACUUUGACCUGACAAAAUUGAAGAUGAUGUUGCCAUGGAAACUGCUGGUGCUGCAGUCACUUAUGGGGUGCCUUGCAGAGAGCGGCCUCCUGCAGAGCCCCGUCUUCACUAAGCAGCCCGGCAGCAUCGUGUACCCCGUGGAGACGGUGGAGAACCGGGAGGUGGUGUUCAGCUGUGAAGCCCAGGGAAGCCCGCCGCCCGUCUACCGGUGGAAGCUGAACGGCACAGAAAUCAGCCCCAGAUCUGGAUCUCACUACAGCCUGUCCGGAGGCAACCUCCGAAUCAGUCAUCUGAACAAGGACCAAGAUGCGGGAACAUAUCAGUGCCUCGCCUCCAACUCCUUCGGGACCAUCGUCAGCCGGGAGGCCAGUCUGACCUUUGCAUACUUGGAGAACUUCAAGACCCACAAAAGAAGCUCGGUGUCAGUGCGUGCAGGUCAAGGAGUGGUUCUGCUGUGCGGCCCGCCACCGCAUUCUGGAGAUCUCGUGUUCUCCUGGAUCUUCAACGAGUACCCGACGUUUGUGAAGCAGGACACUCGGCGAUUCAUCUCGCAGGAGACCGGGAACCUGUACAUCGCCAAGGUGGAGCCCUCAGAUGUCGGCAACUACACCUGUGUGGUGACUAACACUGUCACAAAGAGCCGAGUCCAGGGUCCGCCCGCGCCGCUGGUGCUCCGCAGUGACGGUGUGAUGGGCGAAUACGAGCCAAAGAUUGAAGUUCAGUUUCCAGAGGUCGUUCAUGUUGCCAAAGGAUCCUCUGUGAAGCUGGAAUGCUUCGCUCUGGGAAACCCGGUGCCGUCUAUAAACUGGAGGAGAGUGGAUGGUGUGCCCUUCCCCAGGAAAGUGGACAUGAGGAAAGCCAGCGGCGUCCUGGAGAUCCCUUACUUCCAGCAGGAGGACGCCGGCACGUACGAGUGCGUGGCGGAGAACUCCAGGGGGUCCAACGCGGUGAAAGGGAAGCUCUCCUUCUACGCCCCUCCACAUCUCAUCGAGAAACCCCAAGAGGCCCAGAAGCUCAUUGAUGACUCGCUGGUGUGGGAGUGCAAAGCCACGGGGAAGCCGAAGCCUUCUUACCGCUGGAUGAAAAACGGAGAGAACCUGGAGCCUGCGGAGGAGCGCAUACAGGUGGCCGACGGAGCGCUGUCCAUCAGUCGCCUGACCCUGUCCGACACUGGAAUGUACCAGUGCGUGGCCGGGAAUAAGCACGGCGAGGUCUACUCCAACGCAGAGCUCCGGAUCAUAGCCGUUGCCCCGGAUUUCUCUCACAACCAACUGAAGAGCCAGACGCUAGUGAGGGUCGGAGGAGAUGUGCUCAUCGAGUGCAAGCCCAAGAUGUCCCCGUGGGGCGUGGUCUCCUGGAGGAAGGGCAGCGAGCCGCUGCAGGAAAGCAACAGAGUCUCCGUGUUGGACAACGGGAACCUUCGGGUGUGGAAUGCGACCAAGUCUGAUGCAGGCCUCUACACCUGCGUGGCAAGAAACCAGUUCGGCGUAGCGAGCAGCACAGGAAGUGUCACCGUCAAAGAGCCGACCUCCAUCACCACGCUGCCAUCCACGCUGGACAUCACCGUGGGGGAGAGCGUGGUCCUGCCCUGCCAGGUGAGCCACGACCCAUCGCUGGAGCUCAAGUUCACCUGGUUCUUCAACGAGCAGCUCAUCCACUUCGGCAGCCACGGCGGAUUCUUUGAGAAAGUGGGAGGCCAGCAUUCAGCAGGAGACAUUAUGAUUCGUAACAUCCAGCUGAGGCAUGCAGGGAAGUACACGUGUGCCGUGCAAACCAAGGUGGACAGCAUCUCCAUUGCUGCGGACCUGGUUGUCAGAGGUCCCCCGGGGCCCCCGACCAGCAUCCAUGUAGAAGAAAUCACUGAUACCACAGCCUCUCUGUCCUGGAGGCCUGGUCCCGAUAAUCACAGUCCAAUUACAGCAUACACCAUCCAGGCCAGGACACCAUUUUCCCUCGGGUGGCAGGCUGUCACCACAGUUCCUGAGGUGGUGGGGGGCCACCGGCUGACAGCUACAGUAAUAGACCUGAGCCCUUGGGUGGAGUAUGAGUUUCGAGUCCUCGCGAUCAACACCAUCGGGACCGGCGAGCCCAGCAAGCCGUCCAGACAAGCGAGGACCAAGGGAACCUCUCCGAAGGUCACACCAGCUAAUGUGAGCGGAGGCGGUGGCAGUCGCUCCGAAUUAGUCAUCACAUGGGAGCCCGUGCCGGAGGAGCUGCAGAACGGGCCGGGCUUCGGUUACGUGGUGGCUUUCCGACCCCACGGUUCCACGGGAUGGAUGCAGGCCGCCGUGCCGUCCCCCGAAACCUCCAAAUACGUCUUUAAGAACGACAGCAUCCAGCCCUUCUCACCUUUCCAUGUGAAGGUCGGGGUUUACAACAAUGAGGGGGAGGGGCCUUUCGGACCUGUCACCAGUAUCUACUCGGCUGAAGAAGAGCCUGGCCGAGCUCCCACCAGGGUCCGAGCCAAGAGCCUCUCUGCCUCCGAGAUGGAAGUGUGGUGGAAAGCUCUGCCCUGGAAUGCCAGCAAAAAAAGAGUCCUGGGCUAUGAGCUGAGGUACUGGAGUGGAAGUGAAAGGGAAGACACGGCCAGUGUGCAGAAGACUGUGGGAAAUCAAACGUCGACCAUUAUCCGCGGGGUGAAAGGCAGCAGCACGUAUUACAUCUCGGUGAGGGCGUAUAACACGGCGGGAUCGGGGCCUCCCAGCGCCGCCGUCAACGUCACCACCAAGAAACCACCGCCCAGCCAGCCUCCAGUCAGAGUGAUGUGGAACACAUCGGAUUCCAAGAUUAUAUUGAACUGGGAGCAGGUCAAGGCCCUGGAGAACGAGUCAGAGGUCACCGGUUACAAAGUGCUGUACAAGAAGAAUCGGCACAGCCGCCCCAACGUCAUGGAAACCAACACCACCUCCGUGGAGCUCGCCCUGCCCACCGACGAGGAUUAUAUCAUCCAGAUAAAGCCAUUUGGAGAGGGAGGGGAAGGCAGCAGUAGCAGGCAGAUCACCAUCCCCAGGAUACCAGGCCCCAACGCCGUCGGCUCGGCGUCCAAGGUCUCCACCCUAUCAGCCCUCAGCACAAUAGCGCUGUCUUUCACAGCACGGACAUCUUUAUGACAAACAGCUCUCAGCGGACGUUGCAUCUGACACGGCCCACUAGAUCCAUUCAUCUAGAUUGUAGAGUCGAAAGUCAAGGAAAUCAAAAAAUAUGUGAAAAAAAUAAAAUAAAUACGCUAUUGAAAUGAUUGGGAAGGGUCCCCCCCCCCCCCUGCACCCAGGCUGAGUAAAGGAGAUUGACCGAUGUCGUGACUAUGUUGUUACCAAAGCAGCUUUCAUAAGAACAAAAAAAUGAAGAGAAAAACGUCUUAUAUGCAUCUUUUUGUAUGACACGUUGAGCUUUUAUAGUUUCUUUUUAUUAAUCGAUGGGACGUCCUUCUGGGUUUGGGGGUGAGAGGAAAACGAGGUGCAUGGCAAACAACAUAGAAUCAUCCAGACUGGAGGUUAAGAAUGUGAUGCACCUUUUGUCUUCUAAACAAAGGAAAUACUUUGGUUCUAACUACUGCUGUCAGUUAAACGCCUUAUUUAAUUAUUUAAUAAAAACCCAUUUUAACGAUGUACAUUUUUUUUAUCGCGAGAUUAAUGUUUUCUUUUAAAAAAAAAUCCAUGGGGGGGUGGGGGGGGUGAUGACUGUUGUCUGAAAUGUCAUCAGUCUGUUUGAGUAGCUGCUGAAAGCAAAGAAGUAGCAGCUCACCUUUUAUUGGUAACCUUACUGUUACCGUUCAUUGUUUCUGAAAUCAGAGGCCUGACUGCUUUGUUCACAGUAAACUUGAAUAAAAGAAAAUUUUAAGUCAUGGUUUAACUGCACUUCAGGAUGAGUCCUUGUUUACCUGAAAGAUGCACUUCAUCUUUUUAUUUUGUACCGCCCUGUUGUUUUUCAGUAAAAUUUGCAUAAUGCAAGCCAAUCCACUUUCCAUGUCGAUAAGAGCAUUAAAAAGGAAAACAUGACAUUUAGAAUACAAUAUAAAAAUUUAAUUUAAAAAUAAAUGUGAUUAAUCGUGAUUAAAUAUUUUAAUCGUUUGACAGCACUAGUUCUAACCAAAUGAGUAAAAAAAACGAUAUUAUCUUUAGGUCAUCCUCCUUAUUCAGUUAAUAAAGUAAAUAAAGAAGUAGAGAUGUCUAAAUGCAACACCCACAAACAUCUAAAUUAAGAGUCUUUGUAAUCAUUCCUCCUGUUGAGUUCUUAAAAUUGUUUAAAAAACAAUGAUGCAGUACCAAAUCCAGUACUCUUCAAAUGACACGGAUGCCAACAGCACUUUAUUGUUUCUUUACCUUACUGCUUUCAUUCCAAACCCAUCAUGUGAAUAGAAGCAUUGUUGUGUAAAAUUGCCUCCACCACUGCAUUUACUUUUACCAGACGGGUGGUAUGGUCAUACUUUUCAAAUAGCCUGGGUGUCAUCUUGGCAGCAGAGCCUAUAUCACGUGUAGCUGCCUCAGUAUCGGUCCAAUCACACCUCGCACAAAGCAAAAGCCUACAAAUAGUCCACUUUUCUAGAUCUGGGUACUGAUACAUGAAAGGCCCGGGGGACUGAUACACGGGCCCUUUGCAGUGCGCCAACAGGCUAAAUGCAAAGUAGCUUUCAUCCAAAGCCCACUUAUUGGGGCCUUCCAAAUAUUCCCAGGGAGGGAUGCAUUUGGUUUGUUGCUAGAAUUAUACGUCGACAGACACUUCCACUGCUCUCACAACACAAGAAUGCUGAAGCAUCUUUGGAGCUGAACUGGAAAUAACAUGACCAUGACAUCAGAAGGGAUGGCUUUGUGUACAGACGGAAUGGUCACAGCAAUCACAGCUCGCUCAUCAUCCAGGUCCUUGUCAUCACGAUGGAUGCUGACGCGUCGGAGGAUCGUGUUCUUUGGAGAGAGAAAAAGAAGGUUGAUGGGGUCCUUAGAGGCAUCCAAAUGAUAGCUACCAACCCCGUUACCUGUAAUGGCGCCGUGCUGCUUUAGAGGCCAUUGAUACCUGGUGACCGGACCCUUGUGGCCGUCUCGUGCUCCUCCCCCCUUUUUCAGUUAGCCCCGUGUCUAGAGAGCGAUUCUUUGCCUUCUGUGUGCCUCAUCAUAUGUUCAAAAUCCUCAGGUCCUUGAAGAGCCUUAACUUAUCAUAUGUAUAUCGAAACCAUUAGAAACAUUGAACACGGAUGUUUACAUGCUGCUGUGUUGAGGGAUCCGCUUUGUGGGGGUCGGGGAGGAAGAAAGGGUCCUUAGUGCGAUGCUGAGGGGCCCAGAGUACUAUGAAUGGCAUUCUGAUAUUUCGCAUGGGAUAUUGGCAAUAUAUGAGGCCUGGUGCAUUUUAUAGGUGUGUGUUCUUAUUUAAAGACAAUGCUGCUGAUCUUUUCCUUUUCCCGCCGUCUCCUGAGGCCACGAGGGACGGCCGUGCUGCAGAGGCACCGCGCAGUCUGUACGUAGCUCGUAAUCCAGUUAAGUAGUUUGUACUUUGAAGGGAAGUGUGCUGUAGGCUACUGAGUCAGAAUCAUUCAUCAAGAAAUGUGUAAUAUACUGUUUUGUACACUUCAAAUCAUUUAUAUGAAGAAAAAAAACCUUUCUAAAGAGAUGAUUUACUUGGUUUUUAUGUAAUAACUCUGUUUCAUACUGUAGCUAACUGUUGCUCAGCAUGAUUGUACUUUUGUCCUCUCUUCUGUCCAUCUGCAAGUCGACUGAAUGGCUUUGGCAACGUGCAAAGUUCCUGCAUUUGCUCAUUUAGGGUGUACUAUGUGCAUAGUAUACCAUGUGUACCCUGGAGUCUGAACCAUGAUGAGUCUCUGCUUCUGUCUCAGUCAGCCCCCUGCGAGGUGUCCAUGUGCGCUCUACGUGAGGGUUUCCUCUGUUGCUGUUUGUUGUUUAUACUGUGUUAAUAAAGAUUAUUGAUUUAUAGAACAAUAAGAGCUCUGUGGG